UACGCGGCAUACCGUCCCUUUGCAACAACACUUGGCUGGAUGACAGGCUUCGAAAAGAUCGUCGCCCGUAACCAUAGCGAAGGAAAGUAUGUUUUCUCGAGUCCGCGAAGUUUUGCGAGCUGUUCCAUAACAUGCAGCAUAGGCUGCAGGCCCUGCAGAAGAUUCCAUCGGCAAAACGGGAAAACGGUGAAUUGGACGGUUCCUUGCAGAAGUGUUGUGCGAUGUAAUUGUAGUUGCUGUGAUUCGAUGUGGAAAAAGGUGAGCGACCCGUGGAAUGUGUAGCAGUGUCGCGGUUCUGUGCGUGCUUAGAGGUGAAGCGAGAAAGGAUGUGUGCGAAGGUGCAACAGGAUGUACGUGUUUUAAAUGCGUUCAAGAAUCUGAUCCAAUGUGUCCUUUGGCAUACCAGUGAGUUGCUUUGAAAGAGGCAAAAUUUAACUUUUAAACGCGGUGCCACCGAAGAAAGUUGAGCGAUCGCCGCGCUCUCUCUCCCCCACGCGUAAGAGGGUGUACAAGAUCGCAAGACAAACCUACCAGCAGCUGGUGUUAUUUUCCAGCAUUGUGGUCAGCAACGUAUCGCCGCCGCCGUUUGGGCCGGGGAACAGGAAACAAAUUGCUUAACGUACGACAAUGCAGCUCCAAACGCUCGGAUAUGACGCAUUCUGGUUGUAUUCGAUUUCGGCCGUCGUUAUGGUCAGCAUGAUCACAACCGUAUUAUCAUGUCUGUGUUGUCGUCGCAAACAGGAGAUCAAAAAUGAUCUGCUCGGACUAGAAGGUAUGGUAAAACUCACAAAUCCAGAGGACACUCUGUUACCUUCGGGUUCGACCGGUGCAAUCAAUGUACCAGCAACCAACAAUGGAAACAGUGCACUGGGCACCAACUCAUCCAAUGCGUCGAAUCUCCGACCAGCCAGUGUUGGCGGUGGGCUCGGUUCUGAUACCGAAAGCAGUAGCAAAAGAACUUCCAAUGCACCGCAUCGAAGCUUGCCAGAUAUUCCGAUCGCGGAACCGGCUGGUGACAACAACUCGGAACUGUAUGCAACCGUUGGAGACAAAGUGCAGGAUUUGCCGCAAGGAAGAAGUCCGUCGGCUAGCUUAAAAAAGCAGGCCAGCGUUUCGCAGCACAGUUCCAUCAGCCAGGCGGAUGAUAUAAGCUCCCCUUACGCUCGAGUUAGAUCACCUCCACAUGCGUACGACAAAUUGCGUCGCAUGGAACAUCCGUAUGCGCAAGUGGCGCAACCUGGAUCGGCGGCCGGAAGUACUGUAUUUGAAAAAGGAAGCAGUGGAGCAUCAGGGACAGCGAACCGUUCAAAGCCGCGGGACGGCGAUGACGACGAAGACGAUGACGAUGACGAGUUAAUGAGUCCUAUUUCGCGCCGCGAAUCAUCUCAGAAUAUAGAAGAUCGAGAAACUUCAACAGUGGAUAUUCCGGCUGCGUCCGCGAUCGCUGGACGUGUGUCUGCUAGUCAAGAUUUACCAUACAUGACACCACCGAUAGUUCAACCAUCAUCCCAGCAUUUUAGUGGAGAUUCUCAAGAUUCCUCAAAGGGUUACACGAGCAUAAGCGUCCGGGAGCCGUUGGCCAAUCUACUUCCGCAGAACAUGCCGAAUCAGACGACCGCCAAACGAAGACAGAUAUUGGGCGACUCACACUAUGCCACUGUGUCUGAUGAUUCGGACGAGAUGUAUGCCGCGAUCGAUGAUCCCGGCAAUCAGGGUGAUCUGUAUACUAGCGGCUCGGAAACGUACGCACAAAUUCAACCCCCCAAUGCGAUGACAGUGUCGGUCGAAAUAAAUACGGGUGCGUCAAGCAGACCCCAACCACCGUCAGUACAGACACUGCACGCUACCGCGAAUGAUGGCCUUGAUUCUGCGGGCAUGACAAGCAGCAGCAGCAACAAAACAAACACCACACCAUCCAACCGGCUCAGUAACCAUAGCAAUUUGGCAACAUCGGGAGAUGAACACAUGCACGGAGCUCCCUCACACUUGGUUGCUUCGGCAGCUCCCCUCGAAGGAGGAGGAGGAGCCGGAGGAUUAAGAGCACAAACGUUUGUGCAACACUCACGCCAAGCAUCGUCUUCGAGUUGCACCAGUUCGGUAGGAAACUUGGGUUCACCAAAGCCGGAAAAGCGACAGGCGAACAGCCCAUUACCCCCGACGCCAAAAACACUCAAGCACCAGGCAAACAAUUUCUUCAGCACCUCCAAUCAAUCGAUGCUCGGGUCCGGUAGUGUGGCUUCGUCCAGUACUACGACAGCCACCUCGGGGCGUAACUCAGUUGCUUCGGUGAUCGAAUGUGGUGGUCCAACCGCUUCCAACCGAGACAAUGCAGGCAACAAAUCAAGUGUUGAUGCUGACGGUACGAACGGCAAGCAAAAGAAAAGUCCCUCGAAAGAUUUGGAGGGAAUGUACGCAAAGGUUAUGAAAAAGAAUAAACUAUCGAAAGUACCGUCGCAAAACUCAUCUCCCGUGCCACUGCGGAAAGAUGGCUCACUGGAUGGGCAGCAUCUGAAGCAACAGUUCCUGUCCGAUUCGGAUAUGUCCCAGUUUAACGGCAGCGGCUCGCUGCACAGUGGAUCACCGAGCAGAAGUAUGGCAGGCGCACAACGCAACAGUACCGGCACCUGUCCAAACAAGGAUCCCGGCUACGAAACUAUCCCGGGUGAUAAUGUAAAGGCAGGCAUGGAAGCGGCGUCACGCAAAUCGGCCGACUAUGCACAGAUUCAGAAAUUGCAUCGCCACCAAAAUCCCGGGACGACAACGGUGGCAAAUGUUUUGCUGGCAGGCGGCGAAGGUGGAAAUGCACUGAGUGCGAUAGUAGCGCAAGGUAUUGAAUCGGUGUCUCUCGGUUCGCUGGAAAUAUGUCACGGUAUUGACGAGCAUUAUGAACGAUCUUUUCCAGCGGACACCGAACCAGGGUACGAAAGUUUACCAGACACCCGCGGCAGUAUGAACGACCCUGGCUAUGAAACGCUGAACCGUGGUUCGAAUCGCACGGAAUCGGACUCGGACCCAAACUAUGAAAUAUUGCGCCCAGCCGGCAGUAAGCCAUCGUCGACGGCAAGUCAACCUUCGGGAGCGAACAAGCCGAGGGGUGGCGAUAGCAAUCGUGACAGUGACGGUUACAGCAGCAUACGGGAGCCGGGCAAAUCGGCGCACCAAACAGUGAAAAAUGGUGCCAGAAAUCGUUUAGACUUUGGUGGAGCGCGAAGGGUUGGCGUUGCGGAGGAUGAUGAUACGGACAGCAGUACGCCCGGGUACAGCAGCAUCAAGGAAAAGGACGACUACGAUCCGGGUUAUAGUGUGAUUUCGGAACGAAAAAAUCCUCCACCCGGUCACGAUUACGCAAGCAUUACGGAGGAAGCAAAAAAACGUAAGCCAAAUAUUAACAACAACCUUGAACCGGACGAUGAGUCGGACAUAUACUCUAGCAUACCGCACACCGCUUCCGGAACGCUGACGAUGCCUUCGCCAUCUGCCGCCGUUGCUAUUAUGGGCGGUUCCAGUCCACCAGGUGGUGGUGGUUCCGUCGGUAUCGCUAUCGAGAGUGGUAGCAAUUUUGCCGAUCGCACGUGUACUGCGGUCAUGGGGACGCUUUCGUCAUCACCGGGAUACUCCAGCAUUUCGGAAACGCGCACAACGCCCUCCUCAACCGAUGGGGAUGGUGACGGUAGUACAAGCUCUCCGGAUCAGUUGAUUGGAUAUAGCAAGCACAACAGCAAUACAAACACCACGGUAACGACCAACAACAGCUUGAGUCGGAUAUCGAGCAACUACGAAUCACUCACCGGCAGCGAAUCGGACCCAAACUAUGAAUCUGUUAAGUAUCUCAAUGUGAAGGAAAACCCUUACGAGCGGCUCCACAACGAGAGUGGCGGAGGAGCAGGUGGAACCAGCGAGAUGGAAUCUAUACCCAAGUCCUUAACGAAUGAUUCGUUAACAACGGACUCCGAUACAGCAACUCCUACACCGGGCACACAAACGUUAUCGCCGGGCGGAAUCCCGUCAGCCCGCAGAGCGCUGAUGGGCAAACCGGACAGUGAUGGAACGGUGCCAGCUGUUGGUGACUACUUUCAAGUGUGAAAUGCCGCCCCAUUGAACGCGUAUUCGUUGAAAAGUGAUUAUUUUAUCUCCGACACACACACACACACACACACAAACAGCAACCAGCUUUGAUCUAUUUAUAGACAUAAUAUUUAAAAGGAAAAGAGAAAAUAAUUGUUAUAAUCGCUUGUUAACCUGGUAACGGAGCGUCGACAUUUGAUGCUAUCGUUGACCGCACCAUUUGCCGCUUUGGUUGCUGCAGAGCAGAACACAGACCAGGGGCUUUGUCACGAAACCAAUGUAUGAUGAUUGCAAAAGUACGAUAUUAGACUAUUAAUUUUAAAGUUUUACCACACUCCCGAGCGCAACGGAACGAUCGUGCUGCGUUGUGUUCACGUGCGUAUGUGUAGCUAUGUGUUUGUGCCUGGUCUGAAAAUGAACUAACGAGACGGAAGCAGCAUCACGCACAUAAUAGCAAUCCUUGCUGUUUGUGAUCAUGCAUUUGCAUGCAUAUUGUGUGCAUUGUGUGAUGGAACAUGUUGGGAUGUAUUCGCAAUCCUAUCCGGUCCCGAUACCAGCACAAAGCUCGAACGUUAGACCGGGGAAGCAUAGAUAGGAGGCAAACCAGAAACGUAGAAAAAAAAAACAGACCAGCUUAGGACCGGCUGGUUAUUAAAUUAUUAUAUUGGACUGAUCGGGAAGAAUCCCUAGUAAGUAUCCCACCCAUAUACACAGACAGACAGAGGGGAGGAACACACUAUUCUUUAGUGCAAGAUUGUCGUAUGUGUACGCGAGUAAUGAAGACGUGGGAAGGAGAAGUGAGUCCGGGUCGUUCAUGUGAUUUACAUUUACAAUUGGCUAGCAGAAUCUGUAGAGCACGGAAAUAGCAGUGCUUCGCGACAACGAAGUGAAAUCUCAAUGUGGCACAUGUACAGAAGCGUUGAGUCUUUGUUACGAUUGGCCUAAUGUUUGUGUGUUUGUACUCCACACUUGUGUACUAUGAUUAUUUAGGCUAUUCCGAACUGUGUUGACCAUUUUCCAGAUGUUUUUGAAUCUGUGCAACCGUUUUUUACCGGGCUUUCUUUCCAAAUAUUUGAAGAUGUGGAAGUUCAGUAUUGUUAAGACCUCAUGCUUUACCUCCUUUCGCUGACAAUUUGCAAACAAAGUACAAAGGUUAGGGAAAUUUGGCCCAAUGUGCUAUGCAAAGUUCUUUCCAUGGGUGGAUAUUAUUAAAAUUCGACCAACCCAAUCCAAAGCAACCUGUUCUGUGUCAUUUCUGUUAACGUGCUACAGCAACAGUUUCAUGCAUCUCUUCAAAUGUUGAUGAAAUUUCCAAAACACAUUAACACAAUUAAGAAAACCGAUGUUUGGGGGAAACAGUCUAAAAUCGUUGGAUGGAUUCAAAGAUAUCUGGGAAAGCGAAACUCUGUACGAGGACACACAAUUUUCAUGCUGUGCAAACUCUGUACAAUUUCACUGCGCAUUAUUGUUUGAAAUGUUUCCUUUGGCCUUUUCUGCCGCUCUGUGUCUGUACGUCUGAAGUUGCGUUUAUUUUGUACAUAUAUUACAUAUAUUUAUAUAAUACGUGCUUCCUAAUGAUGUUCACUGUACCUUUAACUUAACCGCCGCUCCAGAAGAAAGUAUUGUUUACCAACCAGAAGAAAACCUUUGGGUUCGUUGUAUUUAUACAUGUGUUUUUCUGUUUGUUUGUUUGUUUGUUUGAUUUUAAACCAAAACCGCCCGGGGCUGGGGUUGUUGGCUUUGUGUGUUUUAGCAUUAGCAUUAUUGUUUUGUUAAGAAUUGUUGUAAAGCUUUAUUUUAUUUAUGCGGCUAGCUAUGCAGUAGCUCUAUUAACCCCCACAACCCCCUCGUUUGUGGAAGACUACAACAACUCAAGCAAAUAGAGUGAGAAAGAAUAGAGCCAAACCUCUUACAGCUGGAUGAAUGGGAGGAGGUAUUAGGCGGUUGAAGGCAUAAUUCGUACUUGUGUUGGUAAUAUUAUAUUUAUUACAUACUUUAGCUUUAGCUUUCGGUUCGGCUGCGAGACCUGUUGUCUCGUGUACCCUUUCUCGUACGUAAACAUUCCUGGUUUUGGUUUCCUUUUAGCUCCCGCUGCGGUGGUGUGAAAUGCCAAUACUGAAUCUUUAUACAAUGAAUGAACAAGUGACGACAGUGAAUUAGUAAUGGUAAGCGAAGCCCGAAAGCGAUUCUAAUUGGAUAUUGCGAUCCGCGUAUAUUGCAGUGGAAGUUGAAGGGGAGUUAUACAUAUAAGUAAGAGACGUAAGGCAAACAAACAUACAAAAUUGUUUAAACUUUACCAUGAGGAAAUGAAAAGCAAUUUAAAAAUUCUUAUACACAGCGUUACUGACGAAAGCGAUUGCGAGGCGAAUGUUUUGCGGAGUGACAUUUAUAACCAAUUUGAGAAGUAAGUAAGUUGAAACGAACAAAAUCGAAGAUCUAAUUAAAUUGAAUACUUACACGAAAAAGAAAAGAAAAUGCAACUUA